AUGGAAUUUCAGCCAAAAUGGAUUUUUUGUUUGCUUCUUUGCACCAACAUUAUUAUUAAUCUAGACUAGGGCAUCAUUCCAGCAGCAAUAUAAUAGAUUGAGGAUUCCCUUGAAUUAACUUCAGAAUAGUUAGGAUAUUUAGGAUCACAAGUUUAUGCAGGUGUUAGUCUAGUUUGUUUGUUUGGAGGGAAACUGUUUCUCCAUUUUAAUUCCAAGCUGAUAGUUAUGUUAAGUUAUUUAGGAAUGAUAUCCUCUUUAGCCCUAUUCCCCAUGAAUUAUGGAUCGAGUUGGCCAUUUUAUAUUUUUAGAUUUCUUACAGGAUGUUCAAAAGCCCCUAUGAUGAUUUACUUUCCUGUUUGGGUUGAUAAUUUUGGAGGAGAUUCUAAAACAAUUUGGAUCACAAUUCUGCAAGGAGUCAUUCCACUUGGCAUAUUUGUUGGAUAUUCUUUAUCAAGUGUGAUUUCUAGUAUAUGGAAAUGGUAGGUGGCUUUUUAUGCAUAAGUAAUCAUGUUAACCAUUUGUGCAAUAAUUUUCAUAAUUUUUGUAUAGAAUAAAGACUUUGAUAUAAAAAAGAGUACAAAAAACAAAUUUGGAAAUAAGUCGAUUAAUGAUGAGUAAUAAACUGGUUCACUUCUUGCGCAUCAACCAAAUUAAACUUAUUGGUAAAUGAUGAAAGAACUCUAUUCUAUAAAAUUAUGGUUAUGCUGCACUAUUGUGAUCAGCAUUCUAUACUUUAUUGUAACUGGCAUUUAAUUUUGGAUGACAGAUUAUAUGAUUAAAGAAAUGCAUUAGGAGAAAUAAACAGUCAAUAUAGUAUUUGCAAUAGUUUCCAUAACAGCUCCAGUAUUUGGUUGUAUUACAGGAGGGUUAAUAGCCCAAAAAUUAGGUGGAUACUAAAGAACUAAAUCUUUAUAUGUAUGUGUCUUAUAUUGCUCACUCUGCUGUAUUAGUGCUGCUCCAGUACCUUUUACUGAGACAUUUUGGUUUGGAGCACUGUGUCUUUGGUUCUUAUUAUUUUUUGGAGGAGCAAUAGUUCCACCAUUGAUGGGAAUCAUGCUCUCUUCGGUCCCUAAACAUUUAAAAGCAUUUGCCAAUUCAAGUACAACAAUGUUUCAAAACCUAUUCGGUUUUUUACCUGCUCCCUCAAUAUAUGGGUUUCUAAUGGAAAGACAUAAUUCUUAAGUUGCAGUUUUUGCAUUGAUGUAUUAUUCUUUUGUUGGAUUAUUUGUUAUGUUGUUAGCUGUUCAUUUCAGAAGAAUGCAAAAUAAAAAGAAUGUAGGGUUUGAGGAAGUUUUUGAAAAGCAAUAAGAAAUAAAAUAAUCUAUUUUACAAGACGAAGAAAACUUUAAUAUUACAGUUAGAGUGCUUCAAUAUGGAGAUGCUCCAUUAGUCACAUCACUAGCACCACACAUUGAAGAUUAAAUUCCAAAUUAUGAUAAUCUAGAAGAAGGAAAUAUCAAGGAUAUUUGA